AAAGAUACUUAUUAUAAAGCUGAAGAGAAUCUGGAAAAUUCAGUAGCAAAGGAUUUGUGCUUUACUGGCAUUGAUGAUAAGUGUAUCCUUUCUAGUAAUAUUAUAUCAAAAGCAUUCACACAAUAUUAUAAAAGGUUUAUAGAGGUUUUGGGUCAAUCCCUAUUAUUAUUUGGUUUCAAAUCUCAUGCUAAG